UGCGAGUGACUGUUCUCUGUGGGGCCCGGGUCCAGCUGGAGGCCAGAGCCAUACUCCCAGGGCAGAGGGCUCAUGGCCCCUCCAGGAGGGAGCCAAGAAAUUAGGCAGCUCAUGUAGGUCCACGUUAGGUUGGGACGACCCACCAUGAAGAAGGGCAAGAAGAAAAGGUCAGAGCCCAGGCGCCGCCGGGACUCAAACUCCCAACAUACUAGCUCGGACUCCACCCCGCCGCAGCCAAGCUAUGACGCCUCUCCCCGGCAGCCCAGCCCUGAGCCUGCUCCCCGGCAGCCCAACCCUGAGGCCGCUCCCCGGCAGCCCAACCCUGAGCCCGCACCCCAGCCUCCUGCCCCAGAACCCACACCGCAGCAGCCUGAGCCCCCGGCUCUUCCUCCUCCUGAGGCCCGACGCUCCUCUCGGUGCCUGCUGUCUGCCGAUGCCAAAGCCAAAGCAGCCCCUCAAUCCAGGAAAACAGGGCCUCUGACUCACGCGGGCCCACGCCCCUGCUCCUGCGCCACUUGCCCUGGCAGCUCUGCCUGCAGGCACCGUCUGGGGCUGUGCCACAGCCGCAUCUUUGAUGUCCUUCUGCCUCUGCCUCGGGACUGGCAGGCCGUGCCAGGGAGAGGACUCCCAAACCUGCUCACCUUCUACAGAAAACCUGCAAGAAAACACUCCAGUCAUUGUAGCUAAUGUGCUCCAGGCUCUCGGGAUGAUGGCUGUGGCUCUGGGGGCCCUGGGAGCUGCCUACUACGUCAUUGAGUCCUUGUGAACGAGCUUCCCCAGGCCCACAGUCCGGCAGAUCCAAUUUCCAUCAAAGGAUCUCACUUGUCACCCACUGAAUAGAAAAA